ACGAGUGAGUAAAGACUAAAGCCUGAUUUUGUUUCGCACUAAAAAUGAUACUGAUCUUCAGUUGUGGCUUUAGCUUGUGAGACAAAGACAGUGAGGAUGAGCGCCGAGCUUUGAAUAGACGUUACCCUUGAGCAGAAAUGAGAGGGAGAGAACCAGAGAUGAAGAAGCAUCCUCUGGCUAGCAAGGGAUAAUGCAUUAAACUUAAACUUCCUGGAUGAGAAACUUCACAUGGGCAGAUUCAGAUCGUCACCCUUACAGUGCAUGUGAGACCCCACGCUGAUGCAACUCAAGAUUUCUUUCUGAGUCUGCUUUUAAUCUGACUGCUUGCGAGCCGUCUGCACUUGAACCAACCAGAAGUCAGCCCACCCAUUUCGCAACUCUUUCUCAUCACACAGAGUUUCCAUUUUCUUUUGAUCUCCUCAGCCCCUCUGAAGCAGCAUCUCUGGUUGUGGAGGACAGACAAGCGCAGACAUGAUUCCUAAAGCAUCAGCAGGGGGGCUUCCAUAUCUGGUGGACACUCAGACCACCAGGCCUCCGAUUCCGCCCAGGAUCAGUCAAGCUGGACAGCAAAGCAAUUUUGGGCAGACUGUGCUGUUUGUGUUAGUGAGCCUGGCUCUGAGCUGCAUCGUCAUUGAAGCCUGCUUCAUCUAUCGACUUUAUCAGUCUGAAGCUAAAAACGAGAUGUCAUUCUCGAAGCACGUUGGAGGUGAAGUGGAAGCCACCACUAAAAUGCCCGGUGAUAUUCCUUCCAAACCAGUGGCACAUUUGACAGAUGGACAAGACGUGGUUCAUGGAAAGAACAUCCUCUCCUGGAGCGAAAAUGGAUUUCCUCUUCUUUAUGAAAUGAGCUACAGGAAGGGAAACCUCAUCAUCCAACAAGAGGGUUAUUACUUUGUCUACUCAAAAGUCUUCUUCUUAGACGAUGGGACUUUCCACCAUUAUGUUAUGCUACAUACUCAACGAUUGGCAGGGGCAAACAUAACCCUUCUCCAGGCCAGAAAAUACUCUCCACAUUUGUGCUCAGUAAAGUGCAAGGAUAACGCGUCGGCGAGGUCCAACAGUUACCUGGCUGGAGUGUUUCACUUCUUCCAAAACGAUUCUGUUUAUGUGAACGUCAGUGAUUCAAGUCACGUCAUCCAACACAAAUCCGUGGAGAACGUUUUUGGAGCAUUUAUGUUGUAGAUGUUUUGUUUUUACAGUUUGCUUCUGAUGAGGGAAUGUAAUUCUGAACUUGUUCUCAGGGACUUUUUAUUUGUUUUACUUGAAAGACCACAAGCAGCAAAGGUGUGAAAUGUGCAUGUUGGGGGGGCUCCUGGCUGUGCUGAUGGCUUCACGCUUGUGGGCGAAAGUGAACUUUGAAAACUUUUUUUAUAUCAAAUUGAAAGCCUUUAGCCUUGAUGACCUUCCUUCUACUAAUUGUAUUAUGUUCCUGCAAAAUUAUUCCAUUUUCGCUUUAACACUUAGUGCACACUAUUAAUUUAUUCCUGCCAGAUAUAUGUGCACUUUUUCUGCUCAAUUAUUGCAUAUUUAUGUAACAAAAAUAAACAGAAUGGUCCUGUUACACUUGGUUUUUAAGCUCUCUUUGUUCAGCUUUGCACCUGAAAUGACUUCCUGUGUUACAGAAGGAGCUCGUGCACAAGCCUGAGUGGUCUCAGUAGCAGCAGAGUGUCGCCCACUCACUUUAACCGCACUUCAGAAAUGCCAUUUCAUGGUGCAGAAGCAAUUGAAAGAACAAAAGAACAAAACCUAGCCCACUUUUAGGCCACAAAUCUGCCGGGAAUUGUACAAAAAAAAAUUAGUAAAUGUGUAGAAUGAAUUUUUAAAAAAUAAAAUAAGCCAAAAUGCAGCAGAACCAGAAACAGAGGAAAAUGGGAGAAUCAAUGAAUCUCCCGUAGUAACUCCAUUGUGGUGUCACAUUAUGUUAUGCAUGUGAACACCAUGAAAACACUUCUUAAAGAAACAUGUUUGAUCUUGCAAAAUGUUCCUGUCAUUUGAGGUUAGUGGUUACAGGUAGUUGUCAAUAUUCACUUCAUUGUAUCUGCAUGUUGCUGAGCUAAAAACCCACCCAUCCACUUUCUGAACUCGCUUAAUUCCUUGGGGGUAACGUUGAGCAAAGGCGGGAUCACCAGGCUGUCAGAGGGCAACACAAUCACACACACUCACAUAGGGAUGAUUUACUCAUAAAGCCUAUUUUGGACAAGGUGUCCAAAAAAGAAAACCCAGAAGAACAUGUAAACACAGAAAAAACCCAGUCAGGAUUUAAAUCAAGACAUUCCUCCUGCAAGAUGAGAGUGUUGACCACUACACCAUCAUGCACCCCUGUGCUCAGUUAAAUAUUAGGGGUGCAGAUAAAAAUCAAUUUGCCGAUAUAUCGCAAUAUUUCAUUUGGUGGUACUUGUAUUGAUUUAAAAUGCUGACAAGACGAUAUUUAAUUAGUUAUUCAUGAUUGUCCUUUGGGGUAUUACUUUUGUUUUCCACUUAAAUCCCCAACCACUAGUUAGCAACACAGCACACUGAGCCUCUGAGCGGUUCUACAGAAACACAAGAAGAACCAAC